CUUGUUCUCUUUUUCCUUUUCACUCACUCUCUCAUCCUCAUAUCUCUUCUCCUCAUCCACCUCUACGCCCUCCUCUUCAUCCUGAUCCGCCUUCUUUGUCUCCUUCUUUUUCUUCUCCUUUAAAGAAAAUGGCAUCUCUUUGGAUUUACUGCUGCUCACACUUCACUGAUUAAUUUAAGGUUACAGAAACACAGUCUUCUCCCUUUUUUCACACCAGAUUCAGUGGGAUGGAUGAGGUGAUGGGGAUCUGAAGGCAUUCUGUACAUUUUGCAGCAUCCUAAAUCUCUGACCCCACUGACAUUCCCUUCACCACAUCAGACCCUUCAGGAGCUUGUUUUUGGAACUUUGGUUUUAUUUUGAUUUUUGAAACCUUUGUUCACAUUCUGCCCCUUGACCAUCAUCAACCUCCCUUCUUUUCUUCUUCUCCUCCUCCUCCUCCUCCUCCAGAUAACUAGUGCAGGGGUCUUCCCUCUGGACCCGUCCAGCUGCUGGGCUGCACAGAGUCGAGAUCCCUUUAACAGAACACAGAUGCAUCUGUGAAGUGUCUCAGGGACGACAAACAACCCUUGAAUAACUAAUCUUGCAAACGCCUAGAACGAAGAAAACAGGGAAUGAGGUCUGAAGUUGGGAAACAGAAAUCAGCUUCAAAGCAGAGCGAGAGUUUUGAACUUGGAUGAUUAAAGAGAUUUUGGUUCAACAAAUAAAUCAAAAAUCUAUUUUGUCUAUUAAACUGUAAAAUGGAUGUUUCAUUAUAAGAUGAGAGGGAACAAAAGAGCGUGAUGAUGAUGGGAAAGUGUCAGAGAGAAACCGCUCUGUCCGAGCUGCCUGCAUCACGCACAUCUGCUAAUGCUCAUCCUCGCCACUUCUACGCAACGUUUGCGCAACUGUUGAGAGAAAAUCUUCGACCUUGAGAGAUAUAUUCUUCUCCCUUGGUGUGUGACACUGAAAUGACCCAAAUAUUUCUGUGGAAGUGUGAAUGGCUGUUGUAGAAGGGUGUUUAUGAGACUGAGCACUUUUAUUCAUGGUGCUUUAUAUCAUUUAAAAUCAUAAAAACGAUAUCCCAGAUUCAGUGCUACAGAGGGGCAGGAAUCUGAAAAUUAAUUUCCCUCCACUGAGCACUGAGUUAUUUAUCCAGCACCAGGACUUCCCUGUAUAUUUUUGAGAGGUAUUAUGAAUAUUACUCAGAAUUUAAGGGUUGUUAUGGGUCAAUGCUGGCAGGAUUGGCAUAGUGGCGCUUGAUGCUUAUGGAAAGUGAAGGUAAGGAUCAGCGUGAAGGUUAUGGGUGCAAAAACAUUUUCACUUUUUCCUCUCUAGAAACAUGGUGAAAGCCCCCCUCUGACAGGGAACAUUCAAUGUUUUCUUGAACUUCAUCUCUGGGCACCUUUUUUUAAAAUAUUUUUGGGGGUAGGGAUUUGUUUUAGCCUGACGUCUCCCAGAUGAAAGUUUAUAGAGAGUCUAUAAAUUACUCUGUUCCAAAGAAAGCAAGACUUUUUUCAGUGCAGAAUUCAACACCAGGCUAGAUGAGCAGAUUGACACUAAGUAAGACUGAGUGUGAGAGAGAGAAAACGUUGGUGUCCCUCAAAACAAUAGCUAGAAUUUUCCUUUUAAAAAAACAUUUACGGCUUUACGGUUACAAUACUCGGCGGAAUUGUUAAAUUAAUGACAUCCUCUUACAACACAGUAUAUUUUUUUUUAGCAGGCUUUUUUCUUGUCCUAGAUAGCCAACUAGCUGAGUAGUGUCUGUAUUUGAUUUGAGUCGCUUUAAGCCUGCUUAUUUAACAGUACUUUGACACAGUAGGAAAAUUGCUUAUUCAACCUCUUCCAGAUUCUUUAACUGAUCAGUUAAAAUGUCAGUGUUAAUUUAGAGCUCACUAAUCCUACACUGAGGUUGGUCUGGUCAAUACGGCAACUAUAACCCUAAGCUUAGAUUGCUUCUACACUGCUUUAAUAAUCCAGAUUUCCACUAUGAACCAUGUGAACAUGCAGAAAGCGUUGCAGCCAUCUGUAAAGCAUUUACUAUUAAUGGCAUCCUGGUUAUUAAUCAUGUAUCUGUCGGGGUCACAAUCUGCGCUAAUACUAAAAGCUUAGCAGUCCUUCAUUCUCUCUAUCUAACUCACCUUUAGUAUCAUUUCCUCUCCUUCUAAAGCCUCUCACUGCCUUUCUUCUCCUUCAUCUCUCUUUUGUUUUCUUACUCUAUCCAGCCUUUGCUUGCCGUCUCUCUCUCUCUCUCUCUCUCUCUCUCUCUCUCUCUCUCUCUCUCUCUCUCUCUCUCUCUCUCUCUCUCUCUCUCUCUCAGGUCUCCUCUGUUUGACCCCAUGUGUGGACCUGCAGUUUGCACUCUAUUUCUCUGCAUCCACCAGACUCACGCUGCAACUCACUGAUGCAGAGAGGGGAAGACUGCGGUCAGCCAAUUAACCACGCACCCUCGUCGGGCCAAGCAAAACUUCCUCUGCUGUUUUUACAGCUAAGGUAUCUGAAUUAUGGGUUCCAUACGAGCAGCAAAGGGGAGAGGAAGAACUACGUGUCAGCCAUCACUUCUAUCACUGCUUCGUUUUGCUGCCAGGAGCCGCCAACAAAAUGACACAGAGGUGCCUGAGUGGUAAUGUGAGGAAGAAUGAGAGUUGGAGAAGAUCAGCUUAGGUGAACUGUCCAUAUUGAAGGACAAUUCCUUUGGGGUUUUUUUCUGUUCGACUGGUUGCCAUGGGAAUUGAUGAACUUGAACUUAAACAGCUUUUUUUUUUUUUUUUAAAAAAGAACCGUCAACGACACUAUAAAAAAACAGAAUGCAGAAUUCAAAACAUGGAAAGUUUCUUAAGAUCAAUAGAAACACUAAUGGGACUUUACAGGCAUGAAGGAUGUCUUGACCUCUUUAUCAUGGAUCAUGCUGUUUUACACAGACAGACCAGUCAAACUGGUUAAAAAGGUUCUGAGGAUUUAAACCACUUCCUGUUUUGGCAGAGGACAGCACCAAGGGCAGGUGUGAGGGUGUGUGUUUGGAGAGAGAGAGAGAGAGAGAGAGAGAGAGAGAGAGAGAGAGAGAGAGAGAGAGAGAGAGAGAGAGAGAGAGAGAGAGAGAGAGAGAGAGAGAGAGAGGGAAAGAGAGAGAGAGAGAGGGAAAGAGAGAGAGAGAUCUAGUUUUCUCAGCUGUGGACAUGGACCUCUGGUGAAACAAGGGAAGUGUCUGUUCCCUGAUGGGAAGUGGAUACAUGGGCCACGGAAGCAUUUCUCAAGCUUUGAUCCUGAAGCACUGAACACACCAUGCAGCGUGUCAACACACUGCUAGACAACUGGGCGUCUUACACUACAUCCCCUUUAUCAACAUUUUCCAUACAUUCAGCUCUCAGAGCCUCUCAUACAUCACUUUCACAACAUUGCUUUGCAGCAUAAUUCUCGGUAAAGUACAAAACUGGGCUUGGAGUUUAGGCUUUUUUACAUGCUUGAAGUUUUGUCAUGAAUUUCUACUAAACAAAUUACAGAUGUCACAUUGCCACCUCACAGCUCUGCUGUCUAUUGGGGUUUCUUCAGUACCCCUGACAUCCCACCAGUAUGCCACGAUUUGGCUCAGUGCCUACAACUUUCCCAUAGAUGAAUGAGUGUGUAAGUGUGUUUGAUGCCCUGUGAUGAACUGUUGUCCCAUUCCAGUUGUGUUCCUUCCUGCUGUGUUCCCAGGAUAGGCUUUGAAUCCACUGAGAUCCAGGACCAGGAUAAAAUAGUUGCUAAAGAUUCACUAAACUUUAAAAAAAAAAAAAAAAAGGCAAGCCUACUGGUCAACAACAAUGGCCUUGUGUCUUUUCUAAGGGAAGUGUCCCAGUUCACCCCAGUGGCCUUCCCCAUCGCUGGAGACCGCAGGGUAGUAGCGCCGUUCUGGGCUGAUGUAGACAACCGGCAAGCGGGGACAGUGUUUUACAGAGAAAGCAAAGAUCCUGCGAUCCUAAAGAGAGCUACAGAAGACAUCCACUACUAUUUCCCAGAAUUCCCCUCAUUCACAGCAACAUGGGUCCUUGUUGCCACUUGGCAUAUUGUCACUUUUUUUGGUGGAAGCCCAGUUACUCCGGUGAACACAUUUCAAGUAGUGCUGAUUACAGAUGGGGAGCUCUCCUUCACAAUCUUCCAGUACCACAAUGUCACAUGGACCACAGGAAUGCAUGCAAGCAGCGGGGGAGAUCGUUCAGGCCUGGGGGGCAUCGCAGCACAGGCAGGUUUUAAUGCUGGCGACGGGAGGCGCUAUUUCAACAUCCCAGGGUCUCGGACUGCUGAUGUAGUAGAGGUGGAGACCACAACAAACGUGGGCUAUCCCGGCCGCUGGGUCUUUCGCAUUGAUGAUGCUCAGGUAGAAGUGGGCAGCUGCAAUGAUUCAGCGUCAGUCUGUCCACACCUGAGGCCGUGUCUGAAUGGCGGCCGUUGCAUUGAUGAUUGCAUCACUGGAAAUCCUUCUUUCACUUGCUCAUGCCUGGCUGGCUUCACUGGCCGUACGUGCCAGAUAGAUAUUGACGAGUGCUCCUCAUAUCCCUGUCAGAAUGAUGGCAAGUGUACAGAUGGAGUGAACAGCUUUACCUGCUACUGUCCACCAGGAUUCACAGGAGUUCUCUGUGAAACAGACAUUGACGAGUGCCAGGAGAAUCCAUGCCUCAAUGGAGCACGAUGCAUCGAGGGCGAAGGGAGCUUUACCUGCCAUUGCCAAGCGGGUUACACCGGAUCUGUAUGUGAGACAGAUAUAAACGAGUGCGCGUCCAUGCCAUGUGUAAACGGAGGUGUGUGCGAGGACAAGGUGAAUAAUUACACAUGCACCUGUACAGCAAACUUCACUGGGAGCUGGUGUGAGACAGAAAUAGUAAUCACCACCAAUUCCUCCAGCACUGAAAUUGCGAAUCAAACAGCUUCUUGUGAGCAGGAAGGCUGCAAGACCUGCAAGCAAAUCAGCCCUGGAAAUUACAACUGCACCUGCAAGCCAGGCUACUACGGAGACCAGUGUGAAGAAGAGUGUCUCUGCCAGAAUGGAGGUGCUUGUAUUGAUGCGAACGGCACAUGCGAAUGUCCAACGGGUUUCAUCGGCCUCUACUGUCAGUUUGAGGUCACACAGACACCAUGCAGUAACAGCAGGCCGUGUCCAGAUGGGGGUCCAUGUUUGGAAUAUGGGGGCACAUACCUUUGCACAUGCCAAACAGGAAUUGACUUUGAGCAUGAUCACAAAGACUUCUACCCUUAUGUACAGCCCCAAUCGGCCUGCGAUUCUUCACCAUGUCAAAAUGGGGGUUACUGCUAUGAGCAGGAUGGAGGCUACACCUGCGAGUGUGAGCAUGGCUACAGAGGGAAAAACUGUGAAAAAGUCAGAUUAAGUAUGUGUGCCUCUAGUCCCUGCCGAAAUGGCGGGUCCUGUAAGGAAGAGGCAGGAAGCUACUACUGUGUGUGUCCUUACCGGUUUACAGGAAAACACUGUGAAGUGGGAAAACCAGACCCGUGUGCAUCUGGCCCGUGCAUGAAUGGAGGAACGUGUUUCCAUUACAUUGGCAAAUACAAGUGCGAGUGUCCUGGAUCCUUCAUGGGAAGACACUGUGAGAUCAGCAAAGGAGCCAGUCCGGCUUUGGACGGAAAUGAUUGUGGUCCCCCUCCGAAGGUGAGACAUGCUGAGGUACAGUUCUCUUCCUCCAGCCCUGGCUCCUUGGCUCUGUAUUCGUGCCACCCUGGUUACACUACCAACCCGAGAGCCACACAGAGCAUCUGCAGCCAUGGUUCCUGGACUCAGCCUCCAGUCUGUGAUGAAAUAAACGAGUGCUUGUCUCAGCCGUGUAUGAACGGAGGCACGUGUCGAGACCGAGUAGCCUCCUUCCUGUGUGAGUGUGAAUCUGGAUUUACUGGCCAACGCUGUCAGACAGAGCAGGAUGGAUGCGAAUCCAAUCCCUGCCAGAACGGAGGUGUGUGCCGAGGCUACAGGAGGAGGCAUCUGUGUGUGUGUAAAGAGGGCUAUAUUGGGGAUCGCUGCCAGACUUUGGAAAACCCGUGUGUAUUACAGCCGUGUGGGAACAGAGGAUUCUGUCGCAGUGACAGGAGAGGAAAUUACAGCUGCGCCUGCAGGGUGGGACACACAGGCCGAGACUGUGAGAGAGAUCUCCUUCCUCCAUCUGGCCUGCACGUGCUGAGAGUUGAGGAUAGUGAGGUAGAACUACGAUGGGAUGAAGCUGAUAUUAAUCAGAACCUGAUCAGUGGUUUUGCCAUCACUUACGCUCCGAUUGGACGCAGCCCACGAAAAACAGACUUCCUGGAAAGGCAGCAUUCAACCUACGUGCUGCAGGGCCUAAGUCCAGGACAGCUUUACAACAUCUCCACCUACUCAAUCAAACGCAAUUCCAACAGCAACGACAUCAGCCAGCCCGCGAUUGCCCUCAUACGCACAAGGCCUCGGAAGGUGGAUCAGCUGCAGGUGGUGAAUGUCUCCUCCUCCCAGGUGUGGCUGCAGUGGCUAAUGCAGGCAGGCUGGCAUGCUGCUGUCGACCUGGUGCGGGUAUCUCUGGUGCCUUCAGAUGGCGGCGGCUCUCGCACUGCUGUCCUGAAUGCCACUGUUACAGAAUACAGCUUCAGUUCUCUUCUUCCAGGUCAAAUGUACACUGCAGAUGUGCUGACACAGAGUGGGCUUCGUUCUGAGGACCUGCCCUCCACCAGCCACUCUUCUGGACCCCUGCACUUCUGGACAAAACCUUUGCCUCCACAGAACCUUUCUCUAUCCCAUGUGAGCUCCAGCACUGCACGAGUCACAUGGGACCGGCAUCCAAGGAGCAUCUCUGAUGGCUUUGUGGUAAAUGUGACACGUGGCCUAACCACUCGGAGCCGCUACCUGCCUGAUGGAACUCUGAGCAUGUACACCAUCCGUGAUCUGAGCCCUGGGCAGCACUAUCGGCUCGCCCUGAUCGCUGUGCGCAACACAGGCCAUGAGCAGAUACACAGCGAGGCCCAGCACUUAGCCUUCACCACACUACCUCUUGAGGAGCCACAGGGGAAGCCUGAGAGAGCUCAGGGAGGUCGGGACACCUCUAGCAGGCGAUCUCUUAAUCGCACUAAACUACAGCAUCAAACUUCUGAUAAAACCAGGGAACAUUCAGAAGAACUGCCCAGAUACACAGAGCUGAUAGACGGUCGGGGGAGGAUAACAGCCAAAUUCACCAACUCACAGCGCAAAGCCAUUCGCCAUCGCACAAAACCUGAACCAAUUAAAUUAGAGAGGAUGGAGGAGACAACCAACAAAAUCAGUCUGGCUCUGGAGAUCCCUGAAGAAGUGACGAAGAGGAAAAGUGAGUUUCAGCAUGACUGCAGGACUCAGCCAUGUCAGAAUGGGGGGACCUGCAUACAGAGUGGAGACACUUUCAGCUGUGAAUGCGCUACAAGUUUUAAGGGCAGACAGUGUGAACUGUAUUGCCAACGAGUAAAGCAUCCAUGUACCCGCCUCUAUUCUGAAACAAAGAGCGUGCCUGUAUGGGAGGAUGGAGUCUGCCAUUAUCUAUAUAAAAGAACAUAUAAAGUACAGCAAGAUGUUUGUUUUAGAGAGAUCUGUGAACCUGUGCUCAGUAAGAAAAUCCCCAACCGCAGAACACAAAGACAGCAAUAGAGGAAAAUGUAGUAACUUGGUGAAGCACAGACUCCUCGUCUUCAUACAAAAAAUGAAACCGUGAAUUGCUUACACAGACAGUUUUAUGGCCAAGUUUUUUCGACCUCUCUUUCUGUAGAUCACCUUGUACUAUACAUCCUGGGAGUUACCCUGCAUCAAUAGCAUACCUCAACUGGAAUGGAUUAGUAAUGUAGACACUACAUGGCUGUGUAGACCCUCAGGGAAUUUUUCUUUAAACCCUGGCCCCAUUGCAUCUCCCUUCGGCAGCGACAUCUUAUUAGAUCUGGUACUCUUCAAAAUCUUUUUGCCUCAUCCACUUAACAAAAGCACAAACAAUUAAUGGAAGCAUCUCACAUGUCUCUGUUUUUGUAUAAAUCCAACUUCUCUGCCAGCUAUCCUGUAAAUAGUGUUUAUAGGUGUGUUUUGUAGGUGAAUAUUUUAAUAAUAAAAUAAUUAAAAAUAA